AUCCCCUCCCAUCCCCACCCCUGCCACCCAUGGAGCGCUUCGGAGCUGCCUUCGUCUUCCCGGAGGGCGAGGCGGGCGGGACCCCGGCCGGAGGAGGAGGAGGAGGGGGAGGAAGGGGCUGCUUGGUUAUCGACCGUCCGACUCGGCAGCAGGCGCGGCACUACCAGCUGCUCUCGGAGCUGCAGGCGCUGGUGAAGGAGCUGCCCAGUUCUUCUCAACAGAGGCUGUCCUACACCAUCCUCAGUGACCUGGCCUUGGCCCUCCUUGAUGGAACCGUCUUUGAGAUAGUGCAGGGCCUGCUGGACAUCCAGCACCUGACGGAGCGAAACCUCUACAACCAGCGGCUCAAACUGCAGACGGAGCAUCGAGCCCUGAAGCAGGAGACCUUCCGCAAACACAAGGAAGACCAGCAGAGCUGCCAGCCGCACAACCUGCCCCUUCUGAAGGCUGCUCAGCAGCGAGAGACGGAGGCUGUGGAGCAGCGAAUCCAUACAGAGCUGCGGAUGAUGGACGAGAAAAUAGUCCUGGAGCUGGAUCAGAAAGUGGUGGACCAGCAGAGCACCUUGGAGAAAGCAGGCGUCUCUGGCUUCUACAUCACCACCAAUCCCCAGGAAUUGACGCUCCAAAUGAAUAUGCUGGAGCUCAUUCGGAAGAUGCAGCAAAGGGAAAUGCAGCCCAGACAGCCGUUCCCCUGAGAAGGGACACAGGACUGUCUCCCACCAUGCCUAGCAUUCACCCUCCUCGUGGGUCUUGUGGAAAAAUGGAGGAUGGGUGGGUGGUUUUUAAUUUAGAGGUUUGCCCCACAAGAGAGCAGAACAAGGCUGGGGGCCAGGCAGGCCCAGGGCUUUCUUGCUGACCCCCUUGAAGGAGCUCAGAUCGAGUUUUUCUUUGGUCUUUCUUAGAGUCGGGGUCCUGGGGCUGGUUUGUUUCUUAAUAACGUUUGAGGAAUUUUCAGUUUGAGGAAUAUCUACAGGUUGGUAUUUGGAAAUUGUAAUAUAGGGAAUACAGGCUGCAAAAAGGCAAUAAACACCAUUUAUUUAUUUAGUAGA